AUGGCCUCUUCAAGCACAACGUUCUUCCCAGAAGUCAUCUGGGCUCAACGCUCCGAUCCUUCUGCCGCCGAAAAGAAUAUCCUCUAUGUCACUAUCCUACAGUCUGAUGUUUCCAAGGAUAAACUCAAGCUCGACUUAACCCCCACAUCUCUCACUUACAAGGGCGUCACAAACAAAGGCAAAGAGUACAGCUUCAAGAUCGACUUUUUCGAGGAAAUCGACGUGGAAAAUAGCAGACAUAUUCAUACCGACAGAGCUACUGAGUGUAUCAUUCGGAAAAAGGCUCCCAAGGAGGAGUUCUGGCCGAGAUUGAUGAAGGAGAAGGUUAAGUUGCAUUGGUUGAAGACAGAUUUCGAUAAGUGGGUCGAUGAAGAUGAACAAGACGGUCCAGCUCCCGAGCCUGAAUAUGACCCCAAUAUGAUGUCACAGUUCGGUGGCGGCGACGAUGCUGGUGGAUUCGGUGGCAUCGACUUCUCCAAACUCGGAGGAGCUUCAGAUCUCAGCGGUCUAGGUGGUAUGGGAAUGCCUGGAAUGCCUGGGAUGCCUGGGAUGCCCGGUAUGGAUAUGUCCGGCGGUGGAGCUGGCCUCGAAGACGACAGCGAUGACGAGGAUAUGCCCGACCUCGAGGGAGAGGAGAAGGCUAAGGCUGUUCCUAGUGAGCCUGUGGCCGGCGGGGAGAAGAAGAAGUCGCCAAUUGAGGAGCUCGAUUAG